UAUCUGUAUUUGAAUGUGUGUCUCAUUUGUGCAAAUGUUUUGUUAAUUUCCCAGACUAAGUCUGCAAAGGGAUUCAGAAUACUUCGAAGCCAGAAAUGUUUUGUAGUCCGAUCAUCGUCUUCUGAUUCUGUUGAUGAGCCAGAAGCUCCAAUUGCUCCACUUCAACUUGAAUCUCCUGUGGGUCAGUUUCUAACUCAGAUUAUGAUAAGCCAUCCUCAUCUUGUUCCUGCUGCUGUUGAACAGCAGCUUGAACUCCUCCAAACUGACCGCGAAUCUGAGAAACAAGAUGACAGUCCUUCUGGUACAGACUUAGUCUUAUACAGGAGGAUUGCAGAGGUGAAGGCAAAUGAUAGGAAAAAGGCUUUGGAAGAGAUAUUGUAUGCUUUAGUUGUUCAGAAGUUCAUGGAAGCAAAUGUGUCUCUAAUCCCUUCAAUAACUCCAUCUUCACCAAACACAUGGGCAAACCAAAACGAGAAUCUCGAGAGUCUCCAUUCACCUGAAGCAUACGAGAUGAUUCAAAACCACUUAUCUUUGAUUUUGGGUAAUCGUUUAGGCGAUUCAACAUCCGUAGCUCAAAUAAGCAAACUCAGAGUUGGCCAAGUUUACGCAGCUUCUAUCAUGUACGGUUACUUUCUCAAACGGGUAGAUCAAAGAUUCCAACUCGAGAAAACAAUGAAGAAUCUUCCUCAAGGUAUAAACGACGAAGAGAGGAAGAAGAACGAAACGGUUCAGAUCGAAUCCGAAACCUGGGGAGCUGGUGGGCCUAGUCCUGGAGGUUUUGGCCAUGGAAUGAAGUCUUCAAAGUUGAGAAACUACGUGAUGUCUUUCGACGGUGAAACCCUACAGAAAUACGCCACAAUUAGGUCUAAAGAGGCGGUUACAAUGAUCGAGAAGCAUACAGAGGCUCUGUUUGGGAAACCUGAGGUUGUUAUGACGCCAUUAGGGUCUAUUGAUCCUUCUAACCAUGAUCAUAUAAAGAUUAGCUUUGGCGGGCUGAAAAGACUUGUUCUGGAGGCGGUUACUUUCGGUUCUUUUCUAUGGGAUGUCGAGAGUCAAGUGGAUUCCAGGUAUCAUUUCGUUAUGAAUUAGUUAAAUGAUAUUAUUAUUAUUAUUAUCAUCUAAUCUGUAACCUACAAAAUGAAACUGAUAUUCAGUGUAGUGUGUUUUGUGGCUUUUGAAUUAAUUAGAGAUGUAAAGAAAGAAAGAUUGUUGUAGAAUAAUUAAACACUGAAGUUUGAUGA